UGUUUAAGAAUUGCUUUACGUAGCAAUAUGCUUGCUCACUUUGUUGUAUCCUUACUUUUAAUGGCACGCUAAGUUUAUUAAAUAUAUUAAUUUAUUUUAUUUAUAAUUAUAAAUUUAAUUUAUAUUAAGGCAGGUACUUUGGUGCCAUUACUUGCGAUUCGUGUAAAUCAUUUUUCCGGCGAAUGGCCCUUAAAAAUAUUCAAGUAAUAUGCAUAAAUGAUGGGAACUGUAAUUUAGCAGCAAAUCCUAGAAAACUGUGUCAAAAAUGUCGACUCAAAAAGUGUUUAGCCGUGGGAAUGAGAAAGGAAUUCAUAAGAGAUGUGAAGGAAAACGAAAUGAGAAGACAAUUGAUUAGAGAAAACAAAUUAAAACAACAAAAUUGUAUUCAUUACUCAAAUACGAGUCCAGAAUCUAAUGAUUGUUUGAAAACUAGUGAUGAAAACAAUACUUCCAAUGAAUAUCCAUCACAUAAACCAUUAGAUGAUAUUAUUUACAAUAACUUCCAAAAUGUUUUAACAGACAAUGAAUUAUCACUGAUAACCACAAACGCUUAUGACUUGAAUCUGUCGGUCAUACCUGUUAUGAAACCCAUCACUGAUUAUAACAAUCAGUUCAAUGAAUUAGAGGGCAAUCGGUUGAGUGAACUCUUGGAUGCCCUCAAGAUUAUGAUGAGUCCUGUGGUCAACGUUAAUGAUAAUGAAAUAAACGCUUAUUCUGUCGAUGCCUUCAAUUUGAUACUUCCUUAUCAGGAGAAUGGUCUUCAAAAUACUGUCAAAAUGGCUAAACGUUUGAACGCUUUUAAAUCGCUGUGUGAGCAUGAUCAAUUGACUUUAAUUAAAUACGCGUCCUUUGAAAUUGUUGUCUUGCGAAUGAUAUUGUAUUUUGACUUUAAUGAAUUAUGCUGGUCAUUUAACAUAAAUAAUCACAAUCAUAUGAUAAAAUUCAAUGUACUUCGGGAUACAAAAUAUUGCCUGUCCAAAAUAAAGCCUCAUAAUGUUAAUCACAAAACAGUCCUGGAAUGGAUGGGACUUGAAUGGGACUCUGAUGUGAUUAUAAUUGACCUGUUAAGUGCUAUUAUACUGUUUAAUCCGAAUCGACCCAAACUUAUUAACAAAACUGCCAUAAAGGUUAACCCCUGC